AUGAAAAAUAUAUCUAUUUCUAUCAAUACAUUGUUAACCAAUGGCUAUUCAAUAAUUUCGACAGAUACUAAGGAUAUUAUAGUAAAUUCUUCUGCCUUAUUUUAUGCCAGUAAAGCAAUUCCUGAAGCGUCUACAAUAAGAGGAGAAAUACCAACCCGCAUAUCAUCAAGUGCUAAACUGGCAUCCUCGUCCGUUUAUCGUAUUGAAUCGAGCCUCCUGAUGAAAGCGUUCAAUGAUUCCAAGAAAACAGUUGUCUCAAUUAUGGCCGUACAAGCUUCAACGACUAGUAAACAAGAAACCUCCCCCAUCCUAAUUCAUUCGAAGGAGAGAAAUGAGGAUGCUACACGUCGAGUAAUUUUUUCUCAAACGCACUCCGUAUCCAUGGCAAUGGGUUCCUCGAUCCAACCAAAGCACCUGACUGUCAGUUCGAAUACACCUCGUCAAUCUACGAUAUUAAUCACCCUAGCAUCUUCAAACCACGAACAAUCUUCAAUUACGUUGGGCCUGCAUGGUAAAGCAAAUACCUCAGAUACUGAAGAGACAAGUUUUACAGUCUCUAUGCCUUGGGAAAAUUCCAAAAUAAUGAUGCUUACUACGACUUCUGUGAAAUCAAUGCAUCCAAAUUCAGGAAAGAGCCAAAUGAUCAAUAUUACCGCCUCGACUGCUCCCCCGGAAUCCAAAUCAAACCGGGCUAUUGUCGUUGUAACAAAAGAAAAAAAUACUUCCAUCCCCUUUAUCAGAGCUACCAAAUCAUUCCCCAAAACUGAAGUAAGUGCAAGCUAUUCCAGAAAUAUCUCUGAGAAAGCACACAUGAAAGCUAAUUCAACAAAAGGAAUUUCAACGUCAGAAAUAAAGCAAGCGAACAAGACAGCAGUUUUGGAACCUAGUCCAUCUUUGGUGUCAAAACAGAAAAGGAGUGAAAUCAAGGUAGUAUUUACAUCACCUGCCGUUAACAUGACUGAAAUGUUAUACAGUAAAAUAUCAAAAGGUAGAAUCAACCCUACAAGAAACGAUACAACGGUUCAACAUAGCACAUCAAAAAGUGGAUUGCUUGCAAACAACUAUACAUCGAAAAUGAAUUCAACGAAAGAAAAAAGACCUGAUAAAACAACUAAUCUAGAGAAUUUCAUCACGUCAAGCCCUGUUGAAAAGUUGGAUUCCUUAAACAAAACUUUGAUUCCUACUCUGGUGCCAUACAUAUCGUUAUUAGAACGGUAUGUAUCUUCUGACGUGACUGCUAUUGCAAACCGCACAACUAUGGCAAGCCACAUCCUUAUGUCGGGUCAAUUUAGUAAAAUUUCCAGCAACGAAACGCACAUUGCGAAAAAUGUUACGACAUUUCGCAUGAUUCAACCGUCCACGAUAAUUCAGUACAGCACUCAUGUCUCUACCAGACCAACAUCCUCACCGACAAAGCUAAAGGUACAACAGUUUUCUGUCACUAUUAAAAUAACAUCAGAAACGUUUAGAAAUGAAUACAUAACAAGUGCCAGAGAAUUUAUGCAGAAAAGCAGAGAAAUAAAAGAACAAUUCGACCAAGUGUUCAAAGACAUGGAGGAAUAUUUAUGCACUGACGUUUUAAGGUUCUUUAGUGGAAGUCUUGGUUGUGAUGUCGUCAUACACACUGAAUCAGUUGAAUCCAAACCAGUGUCAAUUGAUAGAAUCAGUAAUACUUUAAAACAGGCAAAGAGUACUAAAGGAGGAUUCGGGAAAUAUGUUGUGGGUAACAUUGAUGUUGAAGAGAAAAAUCCUGACGUGCAAGGCAGGGAUGACGACGAUAACAAAGAAACAUGGGGUCGCAUGCCGAUUAUAGUUAUCUCAAUACUUGCUGUAUUCUGUUUUAUUCUGCUUGUGAUGGUCAUAACCCAAUGUGUAAGUAAAACAACUUAA